UCCCUUUCUGUCCCCUCCCCCCCUUAUGCCAAGAAAAAGAAUCCAUAUAUCUGUAUAUAUAACCCCACAAAACAAACAUAUACCGACUCUAGAAACAGCGAUUCCAUCCGCGGGGGGAGGUAUGAGAUAUAAACUACCUCUCUCCCUCAAAUCAAAGGAAUACAUGUAGGUAGUAAGUUCACACAUGAUUGCAUCAUUAUUUUUCGUUUUCCAGCGCCGUUCUAGAGUGUGUAGUGCGAGCCUCGUUUUUCUUCUAAUUUGUUUGGUGGUGGUAAGGGAAGAGGGAUCGACUGGGCGUGCCACACACACACACCCAUGUUAAUACGUUCCCCCUCCCCUCAAUUCUCCCGGGGGGCAGGUAAAAUCAAUAGUCUAAAACCAAGUGAUCCAUCCCAUCCCAUCCCAUCACAUCCAUUGUCAUGCGCGCGCAAAACGGCCACGAACAAGCAAGCUGCAGUAGAGCAAGAAAGAAUACUGGAGCCAGGAAAAAUUCAAUAGUCUGGGAAAAUGGUGUGAAGGGGGGGUCCCUGAGUCGAAGAGGGGGAAGGGGGGAGGUAUAAAGGGUAAUGAGAGUGUCUUUUUGUUUUCCCACCCCAACGACGUGAUUGUACUUGACCUUGACCGCCACGCAAGAAUCCAAUCCCUACAUCUAGAUCGUAUUCGUUUCCCACCGCCGGUGACAGCGAAAAAUCGUGUCACGACUCGGAAAAACAGAAAUACAAAUACAAACUCACCUGCACAAACCACCGCCAACCCCGCCCCAAACUGCGCAAAGAAACAAAAACGAAAAUGAAGCUCACCACCGCCCUCCUCAGCCUCCUCUCCGCAACAACAGCAACAGCAACAGCAACAGCAACAGCUCUCACCCCCCGCCAAGACCCCCAACCUCAACCUUCCCUCCAACCAUUCACCCUCAACACCUUUACCAUCCACGUCCCCUCGGCGCGCGCAGGAACCUACGCCUUCUCAACCCUCACCACAAACAUAACCGACCCAAACUCACACGUCCUAAACCCAUCACACACCCUUCCGCCCAGCACCGCUCAAAACUGCCGCGCCACCUUCCUCACGCUCUCGUCGCCCACCGAAGGGCCCUGGGGACGCACAUGGCCGUGCGACGACGACGGACGGAAAGAAGGGUAUUGGAGUAUGCGGGUUGAGCAGAUUGAAGGGGGGUAUCGGAUGGUGUGGAGGAGGACGGCGGCGAUAUGGGAUAAGGCUGCGCUCAAGGGGUAUACGCGGGUUUUUGAGGGGUCAAGGGAGCUGAGGGUUGGGGAGGAUAUUAAGGUUGGGUGUGCGAAUGGGGAUGGGACGUGUUCGUAUUGGCUGGGUGCGCCGGUUGAGGUCGAGGUUAAGGAGAUUGAGGGGGAGAGUGCUUGA